AUAUGUGAAGUUAUUUAUAAAAAGUGUUUAUAUCUUCUUCCUUGUAACACAUCAUCAAGGUUUUUCAUCAGUUGUGUAGCACACCUGUUCUCAUCAUGCUGCAGGAAGCGCUGAAGUCCAGUGCGCAGCGUUCAUUCUGAGCAGUAACUGAUAACUGCACUGAUUCUUACCCGAUCACACACGGUCCGCUCGAGCUCGCGAGCUCCGCCACGACGCCGCACUCGGCCGUUGCUAUGGAGACGCCUAACAGAUCGCGGCUGUCAGUCACUGCUGAGUUUGAACCAUUAUACAUACCUAUAAUAGAUUAACGUUAUAUAGAUCAGUGUUUGAGCCCCACAAGGACAUUCAGUGACUUCUGCGCCGCUCGGAGUCUGCAGCGCUCACAGAGAACCUGCAGCACCUGGGAGAUCCCGCAGAGAAAAGAGCAUCUCCGUAUGGAGCAGUGUCCCUAUGAGUCUGGCUUUGUGAGUGAUCAGGCCUCCAUGGAAAUCCCACCGGUCUUCAGAGAAAAUAAGCGGAUGGAUCAUGUUGAUGUGUAUGAGAGCUCAGAGCACUGGCUGGAGUCGAGCGGUCUGGAGAGCUGGGGACUGUCUCUCUCUCACCUCCUGUCACUCUGCACCACUGCUCCUGUAUCUGAGAGAGGAGACGGGGUGAGCAAACAGAUGCACAUCAGCAGUGAGUCACUGGCAGACUUUGAAGAACAGCUUUACAUUGCCAUUGAGAUGUACCAUGAUCAAAUCAAGUGGCUCAGUCAAGGAAACAGGAAGGUGUUUGGGGUGGUGAACGGGUCCCGCGUCGGAGUGCUCGUUGACACGUCUGAUUUGAACUGCUGUACAGAGAGACUAGCAGAUCUACAGCGAGAGCUUCUAGCCCCAAUUAACAACAAACUCCCCUCAAAAAAACAGCUGCAUCUGCUGUCCUACGGCUCAGAAGUCAGCAGCCUUUGGGACAAACCACAAGAUACCUGUCUACUAAGGCUCAGGGAGUGCUGUGCAUGGGUCAUGCAGCUGCGGGCAGGUGGAGGCUGUGAUAUCCUGCAGGCGCUACAGAGGGCACUGACCCACUCAGAGCUGGACACACUACUCAUCAUCCUGGGUUCUCGCCCUGAUCAGACAGCAGAUGUCAUACAUGAUUUUUUAACUCAGAACCAAAUACCUUGUGUUCAUGCGGUCGCCUACAGCUGCAGCAGUCCAGCCGCCAUUGAGACUGUGAAGCAAAUGGCAGAAGUUUCCGGGGGGAGAUAUCACCUGUUUUCUGCUGCACUGGGUGUAGUGGACAGCAGUACAGAUGUAGACCUGCUGUGGGCGGAGAUUAAAGCAGCUCGCAGUGUUCUUACCCAAAUUCAGAACAUGCGUCAGGGUCGACUGGGAGACACAGCUGUCACUGUUGAUUCAGAGGUCUCCACAGGUUUGGACAGUCUGACUCUUUCUGACUUCAGUCCUGUAAGUUCUGCUCUCAGUGCUCCACUGUGUAUCCAAACCACAGGCCCAGUACCCACCAGCUCCAGUGAAUGGCUGAAGACCCACGGCCUGAAGGCUCAGAAGCUGGAUCUGUAUCAGCUGCUGGCUCGUAAUGCCUAUUCUCCACAAGAGAUGUUUGUGCCAGUCUUGGGAAAGACUGUUUCCUCUACAGUUCACGAGCGGGUCAUGGUACAGUUUGAGUGGCAUGAUGGAACAGUGAAGAAUCUGCAUGUCGAUCUUCCAUCACUGCAAAAGUACCAGAAGCGACUCAUGGGUGCUGUGCAUCUGUUUGAAAGGAGAGUUCAGUGGCUGAACCGGACGGGCAGCCAGCAGAUAUGGGGAACCGUGUGUGAGCAGAGGGUGCAGGUUCUUCUGGACAUGUCUGGGAUGAACGUCCACUACCAGCUUCAUAUCCAGCAUGCCAUCCGCAUACUACUGCAGGAGCAGCUGGCUGAUAAACACAGCUUCAAUGUCAUUGUUUUUGGAUCAGAUGUCAAGUCGUGGCAGGAGAAGAUGGUGCCCUCCACCCAUGAAAACCUUCAAGCUGUUUGGCUGUGGAUUCAGGCAGUGGAGUGUGUCGGGGGUCGUAAUACUCUGGCUGCUCUACGAUGCGCUCUAGAGGAGGAAGAGCAGGAAGAAUCAUCACUGACUCGAGGCGUGUACCUCCUCACCACCGGCAUGCCAGAUCAACAUAUGGUUUCUGUCACUGCUUAUGUGUCCGAGCGCUGCAGCGCAUCAAACCUGAAUCUCCACGUGUGCCUGUUCACUGGAGAGGAGGACACUGCCCGCUGCCCUCCGCCCCGUUACGCCACCCGGACUGAAACCGCCCGGGCUCUGAGCGGCCUGGCACACGCGGGCAACGGACGCUUCCUUUGGAUGACUGAGACUGGCAUCGUGGAGAGUGAUGACAUCAGUGCCCUAAUUGGAGAAAUGGAGAUGGCCGUUAAUUAUUUUCAGAAGUGCUCUGAAUUAAUGGACUCUCUGAUCCAGAAGGGCUCUGACAGGGGUUCAGGAGAAACAAGUACCCCAUCCAUCAAACCCCAGGCCUGGACACGCAAAGCGCAACUGCCAUCUCCUCGACCCACAUCACUCAGCCUUGCUAGACUGGAAAGCAGGCAGAAGAGCAGAUUGGCACAGAGCAGCUUGGCUUGGAGGCCGAACAGCUCUAAAGCAGUUAUCCCACCAGUCCGAUCAGCUGAUAUCAGCACACCAGCAGGGCCGCCAAGGUCUGCGGAUCAGAGGAAAACCAACGUGUCUCAGUCUGUCUUCUUCAUGGAAGACGGCAACUUGGGUGUUGUCUUCAAGAAAUAUCCAAAACCGAAGAGUGUGCGCAGGUCUAUCACCACUGUUAAACUACCAAAACAUGAAGACAUCUGUUCAACUAAACAGUGGCUGAAAAGGUUUGGUAUCAAGAAUCUGAAGCUGGACCUUCACAAACUGAUAUCUGGACCUGAAUGCUGCCAUCACAACAAACUGGUGCCGUCCGUCCAGAAGAGAGUGUCUGCGAAAUACUGCGCCAUAUUCCCUAGUGUCCAAAUCAAUGGGACUGUGAAACACUUGCAUCUGACUUCUGGUGAGUUAAAGCAGUACCUCAAUCAGACUGAGAAGCUCAUGCAGCGUUACAGCCAAAGACUGGAGUGGUUACUGACAGGCAGCAGGCGUGUGUUUGGAUCGGUGCUGGAGAAGAUGGUCUGUGUUCUGCUGGAUGUGUCUGGAUCUAUGGCUCCCUGCCUCCCUGAGCUCCAGAAGGAGCUGACUUUACUGAUCUGGGAUCAGCUGCAUGCCAACAGCGUGAGGUUUAAUAUGCUGGCGUUCUCUGGAGAGGUGCGGAUGUGGCAGCCGGCGUUGGUUCAGUCCACAGAGGAGCUGUGUGUGGAGGCAGUGCAGUGGCUGAAUCAGCUCAGCACACAUGGGGCUUCCUCCACACUACAAGCACUGCAGGCAGGCUGUGGCUUUGCAGAUGCUGUGGGUCUGUAUCUGAUCACUGAUGGGAGAUGUGACUCCAGCCACAGUCGGAUACUGACAGAGAUUGAGACACUGAGACAAGAGAAGGACUUCACCGUCCACACUAUCGCAGUCAGCUGCCAUGACAGAGCAUGCUGUGAGUUUCUGAAGAGUCUGGCCCAUAAAACAGGAGGACGCUUCCAUCAGGCUCCUGAAAACACAGAUCCAGCUCUUAUCAGAAAACUCCUGUCAGAUCUGUGCAGUGCAGACCCAGUGCUUCCAAAAUGUGAGGGGGAUGAUCUAAGGAAACUAUCGGAAGAGAUUGAGAAGCUGAGAUUGUUCCAGAAACAAGCUAAAGCUUUCAGGGAAACUAUUUUGGAGUCGAGGAACCAGAAGGGAACAUAGACGUUGAUCUCCACGCUUGAUCAAAAAUAACUCUGGCGAAGGCCUACAUAAGGCCUAAUGUAAAAGAAUUUGCUAAGAAUUAAAUAUGGCUUAAUAAUAUUAUGGAAACAUUGUGAAUAGAUAUAAAAUAUCAUGGUUGAUAGAAAAA